GCAACAUAAUGGCUGAUGCACAGCUCAGAAGUAUGCGAAUGGCAACUGCCUCAUCAAAGUUUAAAGAAGAAGCAUCAUAUGAUUCAGAUUUCUUGGGCUUUGCUCCUUCUGUUGUUGUAUACAUCAACAAUAAUGCUGGCUGGUUGGACUGUGGAUACAAGUACAUCUUCGACAUUGGAUGCAAGUACAACUUCAAAACUAGCAAUGGUGAAAGCCACGAAAUCAACCAUCCUUUUUAUAGACCGUAUCCGUAUGUAAGGACUUCAGUUGAUUCCCAUGAGUUGUUUGUGUGGUGGUAUAAUAAUGUCUUUCAAGUUGUAGGGGGAGCUGAAAUCCCCACGGCCUUCUACAAACUAGUCACUGAGGCCUCUGUUGACUUCUCACUGAAACAAGACCGCCGCAAACCCUUUCCGGAGUUGGAGGUGGUAAAGUGUGGAAUCUGCCUGUUGUAUGCCCAAGAUGCUGAGAUCAUCAAGCAAAGGAAUUUGUAGCAUUGAUCCUUCUAACUGAGGUCAUGUGUUUAAAUUCUCCUUCACCAAUAUCGCUUGUUCAAAACACAAAAAUGUAGAAGAAGAAAAUUUUAAUUUUCAUUUUAUGAGAUGCAAGAUAAUUUUAAUUUGCCCUCUCCUACCCAUGUAAGCCAUGAAAAUUUCUUCAUUGCAUUCAAUGUAUUAAAUUGUUAAAAGCCAUCAGGGAAAACAAGCCAAUUUAGGAGGGACAGAGAACUGGAGAUGAAGAAAGCAGAGCCGCGGUUAGAUUUACAUGCCUAUUAUAGAACAUGUCCUCGAAACAAAAAAGAAAAAAAGGUACAAAAAAGAACGCCUGAAGAAGUUGUAAAAGAUCCUAAACCUCUUUUCCUUCUCUCCUGUCAUAUAAACAUUCCUGCCUUACGGCAAUAAUCAUCUGAGAAAAAGAAAAAACAAACAAUGAAAGAUGUUCCAGUGGCUUCAUUUGCAAGUUUCAGAAUCUGAAUAGGACUCCAUAUUAUGCCUCCAUUCUAUUACUCGAAUGCCGAUGCUGCUGCUCAACUACUGAGGCCUUUUAUGUACAUUGUGCUUCCUUGUUAUUACUACCCUUUGUUAAAUUCAGAUAGACGGGCCAGCGGUCUACUAUUAAUAACACCGAUAUUUGCAAGUUUUAUGGGUUUUUCUUUCUGUAACAAUCUUUUUUUAUUUUUUUCAUUUUAGUUUUCUUAUUAGUUAUAUACCUUAACUGAUCAAAUUGCAACUUUCAUCUAAACUAAACAGAAUAAAGUUAACUUUCAUUGCACACAAUUUCCCUUUGUGAUUUGGACUUGAAUUGCAUCCAUCUAGAAUUGUUUUGCAGAACAUUAAAGUACGUUUUGUCACAGGUCAUGUAACUAUUUUAAAUUCUUUAUGCCAAAUAACU